CCCGCUGCGGCCCGGCACGGCACAGCGCGCCUCGGCUCGCCACGGCCGCGCUCGGCCCGGCCCCGCGGGAGGGCGGCUGCGACCCGCCGCGGCCGGCGAUGGAAGAUGGAAGGAGUCGGCGGUGCGGCAGAAGCACUUGUGUGGGAUAAUGAUGUAUCGGCUCAUGCCCAGACUGUUGCUAAGGCCAAAUAUGAAUUUUUGUUUGGCUUGGAAGAAGAGAAGCCUUCAGAAGUGGGUAGUGGCCGCGGAAGCAGCACUUUGCUCCCUCAUACCAUCAUCAAUGAAUUUCCAGAGUAUGGCACUGUAGAGGCAAGCAGAGAUGGGCUGAGGGCAGAGCCUGUAACACGCAGCCCAGAAAGCCAGGACGGUCACCACCAGGUACCUGGCAGGCCCCUUCCGCAGUGUGUGGCUCCUGCAGAGGAUUCCAGACCUGAUGCUGGGGCAGCACAGCUGUGUGCCUCAGAAGAAGGUUUGCAACCUUCGGGUAACUUGUCAGAGAUGAUGAAAAUCUCUCGAUGGCUGGAAGCAACAAAGGUGCAAGAGAGAGCAAAUACUACCCUUGAUUUGGAGACGCAAAUGGAAAAACAGAGCGUUACUGGCAGCCAAAAUGUGCAGGCGGCCAGAGAACCAGUUCCAGCAGGCCAAGAAAAACCCUCAGACAUGCCUCCUCCAUCUGAAAGAACAGCUGAGGAAAAAAUGCAUUUGAUUGUAGAGAAAGAUCUGGCUGCAAUAUGGACUGGAGAAAAGCAGUCUGAGUCCUUGCAAGCCAUCAGUAAUAAAACUGAGGAGGUCCAUGCAGCGCAGGAGACAAGCUGUCACAGACCAUCUGUAACAAACCUAGAAGCAGCCGGCAGAGUGGAAGGGUGGGCGCGUUUUGAGGAGUUUUCAGCAUACAGUCAAGGCAAAAUGCAAAUGGGUCCUGAGAGGAGGCUCUCCAAAGAGGCAGCUGUGAGCAAACAUGUAGAAUUUCAAGGGGUGGAGAUUUUAUGGCUGCAAAAAACUGAGGAGCAGAGAAGAAAGAAGCACUCGCUGCUGGAGACGGUGUCUGUGGAGAGGAAGGCUUUCCCCAAAACCUCCAUCCACCCUGUGCCACUGAUGGUCUCCCCAGGCUUGGUCUCCUCACCAGACAGUGCUUGGAGCGAGGUCUCUGAGGAGCCACGGCCAGGACCCGCUGCCCUUGGAGCUGUUCCUCGAGCGAUGCUCAAUGACAGCGGGCAGGAUGAAGUUUUUGUGAAGGAUAAGAAGAACCGCGGUGAGGAGGAGAUGGCUGUGCUAGUGAGAGGCCAGGGCAGGAUGGUGGAGGAGGGGGAAGCAGCCACAGGAGGAUAUGAAGAUGUCCUUGGGCAGAGGCACUUCGAUGUCUCCACUGAUCUGUACAGCUCACAGUUUGAAAACAUCCUAGACAAUGCAUCUUUAUACUACAGCGCAGAGUCGCUGGAGACAUUGUAUUCGGAGCCUGAUAGCUACUUCAGCUUUGAGAUGCCACUCACUCCCAUGAUCCAGCAGCGCAUGAAGGAGGGUGGCCAGUUUCUAGAUCGGACCUCAGCCUUGGGACAACCAGAUGUCCUGCAGCUUCCCCCAGAUGGAGAGGUGACGGGCUGUGGUGGAGGUGUCGCCAAUGCCUUAAGGGAUGGAAGUGAAACACUCUUCAGAGGAGACAUCACGGAGAUCCCUCAUUUGGAAAGCAAUGCUGAACUGCAGAGUAUGGUUUUAGACUUCAGUGCUGCCAUGGGGAGCAAUGAACUUCAGGAGAAAGAUGCCACCGGAGCCUUUGGUCACGAUCUGAGCAAUGGCAGCAGCAGCAAUUUGGAAGCAGCCCAGCGCCUGGCUAAGCGCCUCUAUCGUCUGGACAGAUUCAAACGCUCUGAUGUGGCAAAGCAUUUGGGUAAAAACAAUGACUUCAGCAAGCUUGUGGCCGAAGAAUACCUUAAGUUUUUUGACUUCACAGGCAUGACGCUGGACUACUCGCUCAGGAGUUUCUUUAAAGCCUUUUCACUUAUUGGGGAAACUCAGGAACGAGAGAGGGUUUUAAUCCACUUCUCCAGCAGAUAUUACCAGUGCAACCCAGAUACUAUUUCUUCUCAAGAUGGAGUUCACUGUCUCACAUGUGCCAUGAUGCUGCUGAACACCGACCUGCAUGGCCACAACAUUGGGAAAAAGAUGACCUGCCAGGAGUUCAUUGCUAACCUCCAGGGGAUGAAUGAUGGCAAAGACUUCCCGAAAGGGCUGUUAAAGGCCCUCUACAAUUCAAUCAAGAAUGAGAAGCUGGAAUGGGCAGUGGAUGAAGAAGAAAAGAAAAAGUCUCACUCAGAUGGUACAGAUGAAAAGGAUAAUGUGAGCCAGACAAAGGCUGUCAGUCGAAUUGGCAACUCAAAUAACCCAUUCCUGGACAUCCCUCAUGACCCCAAUGCUAUUGUGUAUAAGACUGGAUUUCUGGCUCGGAAAAUCCAUGCGGAUAUGGAUGGAAAGAAAACUCCCCGGGGAAAGCGAGGCUGGAAAACCUUUUAUGCUGUACUAAAGGGAACGGUCCUGUACUUGCAGAAGGAUGAAUAUAAGCCAGAAAAGGCUUUGUCAGAGGAAGAUCUGAAGAAUGCAGUUAGUGUGCAUCAUGCACUGGCAUCCAAGGCAACAGACUAUGAGAAGAAACCCAAUGUCCUAAAGCUUAAAACAGCAGAUUGGAGGGUCCUGCUUUUCCAAGCCCAGAGCCAAGAAGAAAUGCAGACCUGGAUCAAUAAGAUCAACUGUGUGGCUGCCGUCUUCUCUGCACCACCAUUCCCAGCAGCAAUUGGCUCUCAGAAGAAGUUCAGUCGUCCGCUCCUGCCAGCCACCACAACAAAGCUAUCUCAGGAUGACCAGCUGAAGUCUCAUGAAACUAAGCUGAAACAGAUCUCCAAUGAGCUUGCUGAACACCGUUCCUAUCCUCCUGACAAGAAGCUCAAAGGCAAGGAAGUAGAGGAUUACAAACUGAAGGACCACUAUCUGGAGUUUGAGAAAAAUCGCUAUGAGACUUACGUCAGUCUCCUGAAAGAAGGGGUGAAGGAUCUGCUGAGCGGAGGAGAGAAUGAUGCACCAGGACUGAAGAAAUCCCACUCGAGUCCCUCAUUGAACCAGGAGUCUCCAGUUAGUGCAAAGGUGAAACGCAACGUCUCAGAGAGGAAGGACCACAGGCCAGAAACACCCAGCAUUAAGCAGAAGGUCACUUAAGGUGGAAAUGAGAACUAGAGGAACAGCCAUGAAGCAAAGUACCGGUGUUCAAAAUUUUUCCAUUUAAUAACCUGUCAUCACAAAAAAAAAAAAGUGCAUCUGCCUGAAUGGGGUGUUAGUGACAUUUUCUAUUGUAUAUUUUUGCUGUUUCUGUGCAGAUUGUGGGAGAUGUCUUUGCUCCUGCUUUGCUUUGUUAAUUUAUCAUUUAGCAGUUGAAGCAUCAGGACUUUCUUGUGUUGUUCUGUUUCUAAAGGAGCUUGGGAAGAGAUAGAGCGCUGUGGCGUAUAUUCUGUCUCUUCCCCAUUUAUCUCCUCCCAUCGGCACGUGGCUUUCAUCUCUCGAGUCACUUGUCACUUUAUUGACGUGGUGGGUGGGAAAAGUAACUGGACAAAUGCUGCAGUGCUGUGGAAGAGAGCUGUGCAAUCAGGCAGCUGCAGAAGGCUGGCUAGAGCUAGGGGUGCUGGGAACAAUGUGAAGCAUGUUGGUACUGGUACUUUGCAGCAGUAAAUAGUCACUGUUGCUUAUCAUUAUUGCAUUGGAUUGACCCUGGACCCACGAGCAUGAAGGAGUGAAACCUGGAAACCUCUGGCAAUGCUAGGAUGACAGCAUUUGAAUAAUUUGUUUGCUUUCUCACAAGCAAAGAGCCUUCUCCUGAGUUAGCAGACUGGGAGGUAUCCAGACCUGUGCUGUCUCUGUAGUCAGGGAGAUUAGGGAUCUCUUGACCUCCCAGUCAGAAUGCCUACCUGGGCUUUAAGUUUAUUUGUGGAGGAGGCUGCUGUAAAUGUCAGCCAUUAGCAUUGUAUUUUAAAGACAAAAGGCCUCUGUGUAGUUUUUAACUAUACGCUCUCACUUAGCUGCUAUAUAGAGCCUUAUGAUGUAUUGUUCCCUGAUGUUCCCCCUUCCAGGAGUUUCCGUGUUGGUGUGCACAGAUAGGUGUUUGUAAUUUCUCUGCUAGUGACAGAGCCCUUUGCCUUUUCUCUUCAGUAAGGGAUUCUCCUCAGAUCUCUCUUUUUCUGCUUUAGCUCACCUAUAAGUGGAGGAGGCUGGUACAGACUGGAGAAGGGGACAGAUGUCCUCACUGUGGGCUGGGUUUUGAUGCCACACUGGUUACUCUGUGCCUGGAGGCCAGCACAAGGCAGCCUCAGCUUUGGCAGGUCUUGCUCUCCACCCACCACAAGCCAGCCCACCUUGCAGCUUCUGUGUACCCUGUGCCAGGCUCUAAGAAGAGAGCGUAGGACAGGGAAUGGCCACCAUGGAUAAAGCUUUUUGUGGUUGAAAGCCUCCUGGUUUGUGCCACAGAUCCCUCAGGGCCAGCAGUUUUCAGGCACAGGGAGUAGAAAGAUGAUGUAGAAAUCAUUUUCCUGCUCUUGACCCUCUCUCCUGGGUGGCAUCGUGGCUCUGCAGAGAGCCCUGGCUCACCUGAUACUUAACCCUGGGUUUUAACCUCAGGUUUGAAACUGGCCCACUGGGUGAGCUCAGACAGGUCUCUCUCAUUGUACAUCACCCUUCCCCUACAUGCAGUACAACCAAACUAGCCUUUCUUUCGUUUGUUGCCAGGCACAACAAACCUGUGUUGUGCCUGGCACAGGACAGCCUUCCUGAUGGAUGUAAUUCUUAGCACAUAAGGAGGAGUCAAGAUCAAUGCAAGGAUUGGUCAGAAACUCACUGGUGUUUCCAGCCCGAGUAGUCAAAAGACCACACAUCAAAAAAAUUGCCACCACAGUGGGUUUGUGCCCUGCCAGACUUGCCAAGUGGUCCAAGUCAAUUAAUCUAUCUUAUUGAACUGCCAGUUCAGUGGGCAGGACAGGGAGUAAUCAAAGAGAGAAGGACCAUAACAGGCACCGCAUGACUUGCCUCCCCCACUGAGGACCACCAUUCAACAGCUUUUGCGGUGCUGUGCUCACUGUUGUCUGUAACAGAGAUGUUGCACUUUCAAAUGCUGAGGUGGUGAAGCAAAUCAAUCCUUGCAGUUGCUGCCCAGCAGAAAAACCAGAGGGACUGUUCCCAUGUGUGAUUGCUGGGACACAUCUGGUAUCUGCCACUGAUAGAAGUCAGGAGGCUGGCCCCUAACCCUGCUAAAACUGCAGAGUCCUGAAUAGAAACCAUCAGUACUUACCAAGGGCUGGGGUGUUAGAAAUUGUGCAUGCUUACUACAGUGGAGCAAAUAUGCAGUCCUCUUACUGAAGGAAAUGCCUUCUGCUGCUUGGAGCCAAAUUGAUGUGGUGCAGGAUGCUGUGUUAAGAGACUCAGGGUAGACAGGUGCAUGACAGUGCUUAUUGGGAGGCAUUGUUUGAAUUAAUCAAGUGUGGUAGAUCAACAGCUCUCCAAGGGGAACAAAGCCAGAUCCCUGCAUGCUCUAGUGGUUUGAAGCAAGCAGAAGAGAGAGUAGAAGAAAUUCAUUCAGAGACCGCUGAAUGCAUAUUUGAGAAGAAAACUUGUGCUUUUACAGAAAACAGUGUUAGUAAGCAUGCAGAAGAAACAAAAAAUAAAUCUGGAGGUUUGUAAAGGGGCCUUGGUUGGCUGUCAGGGUGGGGUUGUCCAGUUGAGGAUUUCAAAGACCGGCUGGAGUAUGCCCGGCAAACCUCUUGUGAUUAUAGAAUGCAGUGCCUUAAAUGGCAAAGAGGUGACAUUUGACUUUUUUUUUUUUUUCCCCUGCCUUUAAAAAUAUUCUUGUUGCUGUAGACUGCAGUUAAAUUGCGGAGCUCCAAAAGAAAUUAUGUGUGUAAAAUGCAUUGCCCAGCUUUGACACAGAAACAGGAUAAUUCCUCUUCAAAGUCAUUGCAAAGCAAAUGAUUUGAAACAAUAAGAAAAGUCAAAAGUGAACUGAAAAAAUGGUAAUUUUUUUUUUUUCUCCAUUAUUUAUUCUGUGUUUCCAUGUGCACGUAUAAAUGGAUUAGGGUGUAUUUUUUAAAGUCUCAUCUGGGCUUAGCAAAUGCAGUUCUUUCAGCGCGUGUCUUAGUCAUUAAACAUUUGAGCUUGGAACACUCUUGGUGAGACUGCUGAGGCAUGCAGAUUAAUUUACUGAGGAUUUUUCAGGUUCUGCUUAAGUUUUAAUUAAUGCCAUUUCGCUCCAUUGCUUUGCAAAUUCUAGCCAUUGCAAGCACCCAUGUGAAAAUGCACAUGAAGCUGAGAGAAAAAGGUGAUCCUGUUGUGAAUGCCUAUGGCUUCUGGACUCCCUUGGGAAUAGGGUCAUCUGUUAGGCAGUAUGCAGAUGGUAUUUAACCAUCUUCUGGUUGAGGACAGGUUCUGAGGAGGUCUUAGUGGUGCAUCUUCUUGGGUGGCACUACUGAGGGUCUGGCCAGAUAGCUUUGCAUUGCUCUGCCUUUCUGCUGAAAUGUUUGCUUUUAGCAGAGAUCAGAGCCUGACCGCAGUGGCUGUGGAGCUCCUCUUGCAAUGUGUAAGGAUACUCUGCUGGUUUCCAGCCCUCCUCUGGGACUCACCAUGCACCUGAACUUGAUAUCAGCAGCACAGCCUGCAGCUUUCUGGUGGUGCUCAGUGCGAACAGGAGUUACUGGCAGACCACCAUGAGCGUGUGAGUGUGCAAGCCAGUGUUUACGUCAGUGAAGCAGGGAGGUUUCAUCCUUCCUUGUCAUCUUCCCUGCUGCAGCAUGCAAAUGUUGCUCAGGCAAAGCUUCUGUCUGCGUGCUCAGAGUGGGGGAUGCUGGGAAGGGAUCAGGAUGGGGCCAACGGCUUUUAGCAUCCUCCCUAUAAAGAUGCAGACAGAGGUCUUGGAGGACCCAUCCUGCUUGGAAGCACUUCUGAUUGUUCACCCUCCAGGGGCUGGACCAUCUCCUCACCUGGCUGAGGGAGGUGAGGCAGGAGAGGGCCUCGCUGGGUCUGCACUUGGCAGUAGAGAGGUGAGGGAGAAGGAUAAAAUUGCCUUCCUCAUUCCCCGUGUGGUAACCAGAGGAGGUGAGAUACUCUCCUGAAGCCAAAACCACACUCUUCUCCAUGAGUCAGCAAGAUGCAGGGGUCUGGUGGAGAUGGUUUUUGUUCAGCAGGCUGCUAAAGAGGCUCUCUGGGCUGGCCAUGUGUUUGUGUGUGUCUUGCAGAUAAAUCACUCAUGGACCAGUGAACAUGACUACAGAUUUUAAAUCCAGUAUUUAUGUUGUGUCUUUAAUUGAUGUAGAGAGAUAAGUCAGCCAGCAGAGUGAUUAAUGCAGGGGAGCUGUGGGGGAACGCUGUUCAGCUGUGACGCCAGCUCAGACAGUUUUUCAUCUGUAGCCAGCCACUUGUAAAUGGUUACCAGAAGCUUUCUAAGGGCUUGUAACGGCUCAUCCCUUAAGUGCUUUCCCUCUGAUCCCACCUGCUCCUAGGAUGCAGUCUGCCCACAUUCUGAGGCUCUCCUGGAGCCCUGCUUUGAGCAGGAGUGUGAACUAGCAGACCUCCAGAGACUGCAAUUGCUUGGUGAUUUUUUCACAGCCUUAGUGCCUUCUGGUAACAAGGCUUGUGGUUCUUCUGGCCUGAAAUAGUCAGCAUUUUUGUCUUUCUCUGGUGGGGGAGUGAGGUUCUUGGUUCAUUAGAGCAGCUUGUUUCGUGAGGAGGUGGAUGUGGCAGUGAAGAAAGUCAAAGGUGUCAGGGUAAAUCACUGGGCUUCUACAGGUACUGAAUGGCAAUAUUCUUCUGGAAAGUGGGGAAGGCUUUUCUCUGCAGACAGUAUACCACUUACUGUGUCUACAUUCUCCAUCACUAAUUCAAUUUUGGCCUUAUCACAGUUAGUCUGACAGCUCCUCCUCCUUUUCUGUAAAGCUGCUCCUGUCUGUCAUCUUAGCACCUCAGCUGCUUCUGUAUAACAGGUCUCUUUCCUUCCAUGCUUGCAGAAAUCCAGAAAAUUUGACUGUCCCAUCUUGCCUUGAGAAAACCUGCUCUGAAGCAGUGCUGCGUUGAAUGGAUAACCCUGUGAACAGCUUUCUCAUUCUGCUCCUUGGUAGCCUGGUUUCCAGCCACAGUUAUAGCUGGGAGGUGUGAGACAGAGUUUCAGACUGCUGUAAUCCUCUAGCGUUAGCUGCAGGGAUACAAGGUCCCCCUCCCACACUCAGACCAGACACUUGAGACAUUCCUGGUCUCCUUUCCGAAAGUCUUGGAGGCAGAGGCAACCCAUGCUGUGGGGAAAGUUUGAAAUGCUGUUUUGCAAGGAACUGGGAACUUUGCAAAUCAGGCCAUACAUCUUCCAGCCUUUGCAAGUGGGGAAGAAAAGAAAAAUAAUUAAAAGAAAGGCCAUUUUAACCAGUGUCCCUCAAGCACAGAGGUAUCCAGGUUAUCAGAAUCACCAUCUGCUGUUGCAGAGACAAAGGUAGUAUAUACACUUUAUCUCCAGCAAUCUUACAGCUUGCUGCUGGUUUAAACUUUCCCUGGUAUUGCUCUCCCCAGGCUCUGGGAUGUCACAUCUGCUCUGAAGAGGGCAGUUAUGAAGUCCUCGUUUCUCCUCAGAGCACAACCAGAGCUCCUCAGCGUGUGCCCCCAGGCUCCAUUCACUAGGCUGCCUGGGGGGCUGU